UCAGAGUCGCUGUUUUCUGCCUCCUCGACGUCUCCCCGCCGAUCUCGCACGCAACCACGCGACGCCGUCACCCCAAAUCUGAAACCCUGAGAAGGCAAACGGUUUGAUCGAGAAGGAAACAGAGGGGAGAAAAGGCCGGCGAGGGAACGCUGUAGGUUUUUGGAUCGAUGAGUAGUAUCAGAGCUAAGAACUUUCGACGCCGCUCCGAGUCCGAUGAUGCUAACGCCGAGGAGAAGUCCGUCCCAAGUCCCUCCACUAAAAGCCAAACCCUAACCCUAAUCAAGCCCAAGGCUUCCAAGCCGGAAGCCCCCAAGCGGCUCAGCUUCGCUGACGACGAGGAGGAGGACAACGACCGCCGCCCCUCCCGGAUCCCCUCUUCUUCCGCAGGCGCUGCCUCCGUCCACAGGCUCACAUCCUCGAAGGACCGUUCGAAGGCUUCGCGUUUGGCCUCCUCUAUCCCUUCCAAUGUCCAGCCGCAGGUCGGUGAAUAUACCAAGGAGCGGCUCCUCGAGCUUCAGAAGAACGCUCGGCCUCUGGGAAGCAUAUCGCGGUCCCAGCGACCGCCUGCUGUGCCAGAGCCCAAACCCAGGAAGUCUGAUAGGCCGGCUGAACCUGUAAUCGUCCUUAAAGGCUUCCUAAAGCCGGCAUCACCAGGUAGGGACAAGCAGGAGGGUGUCGUACUGAAACGGCAGGAAACGAACGAGGAGGAGGAAGAAGAAGAGGAGUUGGAAGAAGAUGAUAGUAAUGGUGGUUCACUUACAGGGGCGAAGUUUCCGACUAUUCCCGAUCCAGAAACUAUAAAAGCCAUUCGUGCAAAGAGACAGCAACUUCAGCAACCACGACAACCUGCUCCAGAUUUCAUAUCCCUUGAUGGUGGUAUGCCAAGUAGUCGUCCUUCUGCUGACGGUUCAAGUGAUGAAGAAGACACUGAUUUCCAAGAGAGGAUUUCUUUAUUUGGGAUUAAGGCAGAUGACAAGUUGAAGAAGGGAGUUUUUGAGAGCAUUGAUCAGAGGCUUACUAUCACGGAUGAAAGAAAGAUGGAUGGUGGAUUCAGGAAAGGAGACAUUAAUAUCGAUGACGAUGAGGAUGAAGAGGAGAGGAAAUGGGAGGAAGAACAGUUCAGAAAAGGUCUCGGAAAGAGAAUCGAUGACACUUCCUCUCAGCGAGUUAAUUACAGCGUCGCCCCUAUUCCACUCCAUCCACAGCCUAGUGUCUACCCUGGAGUUGCUCAUCAGACCUCGGCAAGCAUGACAUCAGCUUCCUAUGGUGCUUCAAGGAGCGCUGAGGUUUUGUCCAUAUCUCAGCAGGCUGAGGUUGCAUCCCGAGCUAUGCAGGAGACCAUCAAUAGGCUCAAGGAAUCUCACAAAAUAACUACGAAUUCACUGGUCAGGACAGACACCAAUAUCACUGAGUCUCUAACUGAAGUUUCCAGCCUUGAGAAGUCACUGAAAGAAGCUGAUGACAAGUACAACUUCAUGCAACAGCUCCGAGACUUUAUUUCGGUAAUGUGUGAUUUCUUGAAUGACAAGGCCUUUUUAAUUGAGGAAUUGGAGGAACAAAUGCAGAAACUCCAUGAGAAGCGAGCUUUAGCUGUUGUCGAAAGAAGAGCUGAUGAUAUAGCAGAUGAUGAUAAUGAAGUGGAAUCUGCUGUCAAUGCAGCAAUUGCAGUUUUAAGUAAAGGAUCUAGUUCAGCUUAUGUAGCUGCUGCUACUGCUGCUGCCCAGGCUGCCACUGCUGCUGCUCGAGAAAGUGCAGAUUUACCCGUCGAAUUAGAUGAGUUUGGACGAGACAUCAACUUAAAGAAGCGCAUGGAUUUUACAAGGAGGGCAGAGUCAAGAAAACUGAGAAAAGCUCGGGCUGAGUCCAAAAGAAUUGCAUCUAUGGAAAUGGAUAAUAUGUUGCAAAUUGAAGGAGAAUUAAGUACUGAUGAAAGUGAUAGUGAGAGUAAUGCGUAUAUUUCUAGCAGGAAUGAGCUGAUCCAAACUGCUGAAGAAAUAUUUAGUGAUGCAUCUGAAGAGUAUGCAAAUCUUAAAAUUGUGAAAGAAUGGUUUGAAAGAUGGAAGAACCAAUAUCUGUCUAGUUAUCGAGAUGCUUAUGUUUCCAUAAGUGUUCCAUCUCUGUUUUCUCCAUAUGUGCGGUUGGAGCUCUUGAAAUGGGAUCCUCUUUACGAUGCAACAGAUUUCUUUGAUAUGGAAUGGCACAAGCUUCUUUUUAAUUAUGGAUUGCCAGCAAAAGGUCAGGAUUUUGAGCCUGAUGAUGCAGACGCUAAUCUUAUUCCAGAAAUAGUUGAGAAGGUUGCCCUUCCCAUCUUGCAUCAUGAAAUUGAGCACUGUUGGGACAUAUUGAAUACCCAAAGGACAAAGGGUGCUGUCUUUGCUACUAAUAUGGUUAUCAGCUAUGUCCCAGCUUCAAGCAAGGCUCUGCGUGAAUUACUUGCUGUAAUCCAUACUCGCUUGAAUGAAGCCAUCACUGACCUUAAUGUGCCUGUAUGGAGUAGUGUAAUAACAAAGGUUGUGCCAGGUGCUGCUCAAUUUGCAGCUUAUAAAUUUGGUAUGGCUGUUCGUCUACUAAGGAACAUUUGCCUUUGGAAAAAUAUUCUUUCAAUGCCUGUAUUAGAAAAGCUUGCACUGGAAGAGCUACUGGGUGGAAAACUUCUGCCUCAUGUAAAAAGCAUCAUGCCUAAUAUACAUGAUGCCAUUAUGAGGACUGAAAGAAUCAUAGCAUCAUUGGUGGGGAUUUGGUCGGGUCCUGAGGUCACACUAGGGACUAGUCAGAAGUUGCAGCCUUUGGUAGAUUGCAUUUCAGAGUUAGGGGGCAAGUUGGAGAAAAGGCAUGCAUUGGGUGUUAGCUUGGAGGAGACCCGUGGGCUUGCUCGUCGGUUGAAGAAUAUGUUAGUGUCAUUGAAUGAGUAUGACAAAGCUAGAGCAAUUUUGAGAACCUUUCAACUCAAAGAAGCACUCUGAUAUUGCUGCUGCCAAUCUAUUGUAAUUGUAUAUCUAGCUUUACUCUUCCUAGAGCAACAUCUCAUAGACCAAAUCUUUUCAAGAAAGAGGAUCUUCAUUGUUUCAAAAGCAUCUCAAGAUUUCAGUUUUGUAGUGGAUAAUACAGGCGGUAAUCUAUUGAACUUGUUUGGGAAUUUCAAAAGCUUUUUAAAAUUACACAGGUGAUAAUCUAUUUUUCUUCAGAAGCUUUUUGAAGCCUGACCAUGAUUCCCUUCAAGUAAUUACAAACUAGGGAAUGCUUUCCCUAUCCAUUUCCUCUCGACAUCGUCUAUAGAGUACUAUCUUUCUUUCCAUCUCUCCUGUUGUUUAGAGGCUUCUUUUUUCAUUGCAUAUACAUGUCAGACUUUUUUUAUCUCAUUUUUUUUUUGUAGCAAAAGAUUUGAUUUGCUUGCACUGUCUUGUUUUUUGUUGGAUAGAGACAGAUGUUAGUGUCCAACUUUUUAAUGGCUAUUACAUUUUACUUGUAAAUCUGCUAUCUUUUUAUUUUUGAUUUAUUACCGAGGAUCCUGUAUCUGUCUCUAAAGUCUAAGCCUUGCAUUUAUGCCUGAAUCAUUUUGAAUUGCAUUUAGAUUUUUCCAACAGAAUUGUUUUGACAGAUUGGGUCUCUGCUACAUGCAAAAUGAAGGGGAAAAACUGGAUAUAUUAGAGUAUCGGAUGGUAACAGUUUGCCCUUGUCUGCACCACUUUUUUCCCUGUAGUUGCUUCUACCAAACACAUAAUUGAAGAGUAAUAACUGAAAGAUUUUAUCAGACAAGAAAAUGCUCAAGAAUGAAGAACUAUUGCCUAAGAUCCAAUUACUUGGAUCAAAGACAUGAAGGAGAGGAGGAAAACACUCACAAAUUGCAUAUGAAUCUCAUUAUUAAUGUAUACUUUUCUAUCACUUUACUCUCCAUUAUAUUUACUAUCCAAGCAAUCAAAUCCUUAAAUAUUUCUUUACUUGUUUUAAAGUUCAGUAGUUCCCAACACCAUGCUGAAUGACAGUUUGCUUAUAUCCCUUUCUUUGAUGCGUAUUUUUCUCUCUUUCUUUUUCAAGUUAAAUGAUCAGGAUGGUACUUCAUCUCUUCUUUCGGACGUGUUCUUUUUUUCAUAAAUUUUGUUAUCUAUGGUUGAUUUAACUGUUAUGCUGGAUAAAUAAUAUUUCAAAGAUGGAACAUCAGUUUCUAGUAAGUGAUUUUGUUUCUGUUUUCUCCAAAUCUUCUUCAGGCCAAGCUCAUCUCUGCUGUCGAAGUAGCUGCCUAAGUUGAUAUUACAAAUGAACUUAGAUGUGCAGAUCCUUGCUUCUUGCACAUGCAAUUAUUUUACUAUCGCAGAGCAAUAUUGUUCAGACUGCUUGUCGAACCCUUAUUUUCAGUUUGUGAACGCAGAGCAUAUAUUUAGUAUCAGCUUCCUGUUAAUGAGUUCUACUGUAUGGAUGGAUAAUUUAUUACGAUCUACUCAAUUGCUGUUUUUGACUUC